AUGUGGUUCACCGUUGCGUUGCUACUGGUGUGCGCGAUCCGAGGCGGUCUGACCGCAACGUGCGACUUUCCCCAGUCGCUGUGUUUCGAUUCGGAACCUGCAUUCUCAAAUCUUGACUUGCUCAAAGCGGCCAUCAAAGGGUUAGGCACGAUACCGUCCAACUUCAUCAAGCCAGAUGAUUUGAACGCGCUGAUAAGUCAAAUCACGAGUAAGGUGAAGGAAACGGCAGGGAUAGCACCGGGCAGCUACAAAACAUGUUCCGAUUUGCCUGCCGGCUCACCGUCCGGGCUGUACCAGCUCAGGGGCGAAUUCCGCGCUCAGCAGAAUGCGUACUGCGACAUGGACUACGAUGGUGGCGGUUGGCUAGUGUUUCAACGGCGCUUCAACGGGCUGACCGACUUUUUUCUGCCGUGGAGCGAUUAUCAGAACGGUUUCGGCGAUGUGAAAAGUGGAGAGUUUUGGUGGGGUCUCAACAAUUUGUACCGGGCAACCAACCUCAUGCCCCACGAGCUCGCCAUCAUUCUGGAGGACUUUGAUGGUGCGAAGGUUGUGGCGAGGUACAGCAAGUUUCAGAUCGGUGACGAGGCGGAGAUGUACCGGUUGAAUGUGCUCGGCACGUACACUGGCACCGCGGGAGAUUCGUUGCGACGACAGCUAAACAUGGCGUUCUCUACAAAAGACAAGGAUAAUGACAUAUUCGCACUGAACUGUGCCCAGCAGAGUACUGGUGCGUGGUGGUACUCUGAUUGCCAUGACAGCAAUCUGAAUGGACAGUACCUAAACGGAUCAACCACCUUGUACGGGAAAGGUAUAACAUGGAAAACCUUCCGAGAACAGGGCUACUCGCUUAAAAUCGUACGAAUGAUGAUUCGUCGGAUAUUAGCGUAG